AACACGAACUACGCCAUCCCUCCCCUUCGUGUACGCUAAGGCAAGCUAGCUAUCCUCGACCAAUCGAGAGAAUCCGUUUUUACCCCCUUUGCCCCUCCAUUCGUAUCGGUGAUUCACACCCCCACACUACCCUUUCCAACUGCCCUCGACCCUCUUCUCCUCCGCCUACUACUUUCACUCGAUUCACGAUCUUCCACCCACCUACCCUCUAUCCGAAGGGAAUUUCGAAUUUACGCGAACAGAGGGAUAAUUUCAUUGUCGAAAUUUUGAAGGCGACUAGGAGGAUUGGACUGCAUACGUGCAACGAGGGAGGUCCGGUCAAACGUGUUGCUCACCAGGUGCUGGAAUAAAUGAAUGGCCAAGCAACGAGGAAGAAUCUCCCCUGAAUUUGAUAUAACGUUUGGGAAGGGUGGAAAAAGGGUAGUGGACCGAAAUCACGGUCACUGUCACUCCUCGCUGUCACUGUCAACAGAGGUAAUCUUAACCCCGUGCUGGCAUUUGAGAAUUGAUCGCAACCACCUUGUCCAACAUGCGUGUACACGUAGGCUACGUGGUACAGUAUAGUCGGCCAUCCCAAGGUGGAGGAGAUUCCAUGGAAUAGCGCGUGCGCCGCGAAAUCAUGAAUGGAACCACCGCUCAAUGCGAGUCCGGCCACACAAUCACAGUCAUACAGUCACUCUACUUUUAUUUAUAUCCCUCCAACGACGACCUUCAGCCAAGGAUGUACUACGUGAAGUAUCUAUGGAAGACUGUGGACAUACAGAAACAUUAAAUGAAGCAGCUAUGCCAAUAUCAGUCGCAAUUGAACAGCCACCAACAUUACAAACAAUAGAUACAACAUUACAAAAUUUUCAUGGCGAUGAAAUCUUAGAUAAAACAUUAGAGGAACAAAGUAUAGAAAGAUUACAAGAAACAAAUAAUGAGACUUUAUUGGAUGUAAUAAAGGAUAAUAAAAGUAUAGAAGAUACACAAAUAUCAGUCUCAUCCAAUUGGCUUCAUUACAACUGGAAUAUCACACCAAAACUAUUAUGUGAAGCUACUAAGGAAUAUCAACCAACUGAGACAUGUGAAAAUUUUACAAAAGGUUGUCAGUGGUCUCCUGAUGGAACAUGUUUAUUAGUACCUGCUGAAGAUUUUAGAAUUCGAAUUUAUGAACUUCCUAAAGAAUUAUAUUCAGAGAAAAUUCCUUCCAAUUUGACAUCUACGGAUCUUCCAGUAGCAUUAGCUAUAAAAGAAGGAGGUCUUAUAUAUGAUACUUGCUGGUAUCCUUUCAUGAAUUCUUGGCAACCUGAAACUUGUUGUUUUCUAAGUACAAGCAGAGAAAGUCCCAUACAUUUAUGGGAUGCGUUUAAUGGUGAACUAAGAGCAACAUAUAGAGCUUACAAUCAAGUUGACGAAGUAGAGGCUUCAAUUAGCAUUCAGUUUAUUGACUCAGCUAGGGAAGUAUGGGCUGGUUUUAAAAAUGCCUUAAAGAUUUUUGAUGUCGAACGUCCAGGUCGUCAAAUAAAUACUAUUCAGUUUAAAAAAGACUUUCCAAACGUAGCAGGAUUAGUUUCUUGUAUAAGAGAAAAUCCUAUUAUGCCUGGGUUAGUUGCAUUUGGUACAUACUCUAAAUCCAUUGGUUUAUAUAGAGAUGGACCGUUAUGUACUUUCAAGACAGGAAGUGGUGUAACCCAAAUCGAAUUUAGUUCUUGUGGAACAAAAUUAUUUUCGACUGUUAGACGUAGUAAUGAAUUUUUAUGCUGGGACCUUCGUAAUCCAGGCACUGUACUCUAUUCCCUUCAAGGAAGACAGUCUGACACAAAUCAAAGAAUACAGUUUAACGUGUCAUUCGAUGGAAAGCAAAUAGUUUCUGGUGGUACGGAUGGAUACAUUGAGAUUUGGGAAUUGCCUGAAAGUACAAAUUGUGAAGAUCUCAGUGUAACGUAUAAAAUAAAGUUAUUUCAUGAUUGUAUAAAUGGAGUAAGUCUUCACAAGAGUUUGCCAAUAAUUGCUACAAGUACAGGACAAAGAUUUUGUGAUGAUAUUGUACAAAAUCGAGACAAUAGUGUCAGAUUGUGGUCUUUUUUGUGAUUAUAGUUUAUUAAUAUUAUAAAUGUAGAUAUAAAUGCUAUUUUAUAUGUCGGUAUUACAGCAGUUUUUUCGUUGGGCCUGGUAAACUGCACGUGACUGCACACACGGGGAAUCACCCGAGUUGCUUUGCCC